AUGGUCUCCGAAUUUAGAAAGCAAAAAUUAUUGCAUGUUUUCAAGAUUUUCUUUAACGGUGAUGCCAAUAGCGUAAUCGAGAAGAAGGACUUUGAAGAUUCACUGAAGAGGAUUGUACAACUGCAAGGAUGGAAAGAAGGUGACAUAACCUACAAAGUGGCUCAAGAUAUUAUGCUCCAGAUUUGGGAUGGCUUCCAAGCAGCUGACGCUAACAGCGACGGGAAGGUAACCGGCGAUGAAUGGAUAGCAAUGUGGGACAAUCAAGACAAAUAUGACUUCCCAGAAUGGCAGAAACUGUUUUGCAGAGUCUGCUUCCACAUCAAAGAUUCGGCCUCAGAUGGUUCCUUGGACGCUGAUGAGUUCAUUAGGGUUCUUACAAACGCUUUCGGUGUAUCCAAUGAUGACGCCAAAUUAGCAUACGAAAAGAUUUCACAAGGCAAGUCAGGUAUCUCGUGGGAAGAUUAUCAGAAGUUGUUCAUGGACUUUUUCGUCGCUGAUGACGUCAACGCACCUGGAAACUACGUGUUUGGAGCAGCACCCUUUUUGAAAUAA